UGAAGAAACAAUGCAGAAGAAACCACGAAAAUUGAAAAAGAGAAAGGUGAAUUACAAAAGAAGCCCAAAGGAAGUAAAAAACCCAGCAGAAAUUGAACAGCCCAAUCAAUAUGCAUCUUUGGAUAAUGAGAACAAGCAUGAAACUAAUGCAGAAAAAGUAAAGGAGGACAAUGAAGGUAUUACCGGCAUAAGCAACUCUGAUGAAGGACGAAAGAAAGAGCAAAAAAUAAAAAACCCAGCAAAAAUUGAACAGCCCAAUCAAUAUGCAUCUUUGGAUAAUGAGAACAAGCAUGAAACUAAUGCAGAAGAAGUAAAGGAGGACAAUGAAGGUAUUACCGGCAUAAGCAACUCUGAUGAAGGACGAAAGAAAGAGCAAAAAAUAAAAAUCCCAGCAGAAAUUGAACAUCGCAAUCAAUAUGCAUCUUUGGAUAAUAAGAACAAGCAUGAAACUAAUACAGAAGAAGUAAAGAAGGACAAUGAAGAUAUUACCGGCAUAAGCAACUCUUAUGAAGGAUACAAUUCAAGAACUGCAGUGAAAAGAAAAGAGAGAAAUAUUGGUACCGAAAAGAACAAUGAGGAGGACAUCUUACCAGUGCACAAAACUGAACAUCCAAUUGUAUAUAGAUCACAAAGAAAUAGGAGAGCACCUAUAAAAUACAUGUAUUAAGUACAUAAUUAUUGUUGUAUCAUAUUAA